AUGACAGCAAAGGAUAUUCAGAACUUGGACUACGACGUCCUCAUUGUAGGCGCGGGAUUUGGAGGGAUCUACCUUUUGCAUCAUCUGCGACUGCUAGGGUACCGGUGCAAGAUCUACGAAGCAGCCAGCGAGCUUGGCGGAGUUUGGCACUGGAAUUGCUAUCCCGGGGCUCGUGUUGAUUCCUCCAGUGAAAUUUACCAGUUGUCGAUGCCCGAGGCGUGGAAGGAAUGGAAUUGGUCUCAGCGAUACCCAGAUCGCGAGGAGAUCCUGCAAUACUUCCAGCAUCUCGACCAUGUGCUUCGCAUUAAGCAGGACGUCAGGUUUUGUAAGAAGGUCAUCGGCGCGCAAUACAAUCGUCAGCGGGCUCGAUGGGAGAUCCGGACCGACGACGGACGGCUCACUUUGGCUCGCUUCUUUUUGCCGUGUGUUGGGUUUGCAGCAAAGAAAUACUUGCCUGAUAUCCCCGGAUUGAACACCUUCCAGGGCGCCAUCUGUCAUUCGUCGGCGUGGCCCAAGGAUGGAAUUGAUAUCAGGGGGAAAAGAGUCGCGGUGAUUGGUACCGGAUGCACCGGAGUGCAGAUUGUCCAGGAAUGGGCAAAGCAAGCAGAAAACCUGACUGUAUUCCAACGAACGCCUAAUAUCGCUCUUCCCAUGCAACAGAAUGCUCGAUCGAAGCGGGACCAAGCUGAUAUUCAGUCCGCAUUACCCGAACUAUUCCAACUCCGCGAGAGCACAUUUACAGGUUAUCUGCAAGAUGUCAAGCCUCAGAAGGCGCUCGAUGCGUCGUCAGAAGAGCGCGAGGCUUUCUUUGAAUCGCUCUGGCAGAUGGGGAGUUUUGCAUUCAUGGCCGGAAAUUAUAUGGACCUUCUUUCCGAUGAGAAGGCAAAUCGCGCGGCCUACGACUUCUGGGCAUGCAAGACUCGUGCUCGAAUUCAUGAUCCAAAGACGAAAGAUGUUCUGGUUCCCAUAGACCCAGUUCACCCGAUUGGCGCAAAGCGGCCUUCCCUCGAAGACGACUAUUUCGAGCAGUUCAACCGGCCAAAUGUCGAGAUAGUCAAUCUCCGAGACGUGGAAAUUGCGGCCAUUGAAACCGAGGGCAUCGCCACUAGUGACGGCGUUUUUCACCAGCUUGAUGUCAUUGCGCUCGCCACAGGAUUUGAUUCAGUUACUGGCGGCAUGACUAGCAUGGGAAUCUGCGAUAGCGAGGGCGAGCCGCUCGCCAAGCAGUGGGGAGAAGGCAUCCACACAUACCUUGGCAUGUCGAGUCAUGGUUACCCAAACAUGUUCUGGGUGUACGGUGCUCAUGGCCCUACAGGAUUCAGUAACGGGCCCUCCUCCAUUGAGAUCCAAGGCCGAUGGAUCAUUGAUGCCAUUCAGAAGAUCGAAGGCCAGGGGCUGCUGUACGUCGAGCCGACCAUAGACGCCGAGAUGAGGUGGAAAAGCCAUAUCACGCAACUGAUUAACACAACCUUCCUUUCCAGGGCAGAUUCGUGGUAUAUGGGGGCUAACAUCCCCGGUAAGAAACGAGAAUCGAUGAACUAUCCUGCCGGGCUGGUGACAUAUCGAGAUAUCUGUCAACAGGCGCUACAGGACUGGGAAGGGUUUAUCGCGGUUUGA